CACUUGCAACUUCUCAUCCCCUAUAAAUUUUCCCACUUCUCGAUUUCAUACAUCAUCACACAAUUAAUCAUCACCAAAUUAAAUAUCAACAAAAAAACAAACACAAUGGCUUUCCCCACGAAGCUCGUCGCAGCUCUCAUGGUCGCUAUGCUAGCGUCCCCCCUCAUGAUUUCGGCAAGAAACCUGGAGUCGAGAUCAAGAUCAAGCCUGGCAGCGCGGCUCAAAGUGGCGGAAGAGGUGCCGAGCACUUGCUGGGACGCAUUGUUGGAGCUUCAAUCUUGCAGCGGAGAAAUGGUUAUGUUCUUCCUCAACGGGGAGACUCAGCUUGGGGAAAACUGCUGCAGCGCCGUAAAAGUGAUAGAGCGUCAGUGCUGGCCGUCCAUGCUCGGAACCCUCGGCAUUACUGCGGAGGAAAGCAACGUUCUCCGCGGCUACUGUGAUGCCGCUGCCGCUGGUCCUCCGCCUGCAUCCACCUUGGAAAAAUGCUAUAACUUCCCACGCUUGCAACACUAAGUGUAAUCAAAAUAUAUGCAUGUUUAGUAGCAAUGCUCUAAAUAAUUAAAUAAACGAAUUAUAUUGCUAAAA